AUGGCUGAGGAAUCGAAUAACAACUUCAAAGGAAUUAGAGAAUUAUACUCAAUGUUUCAUCAGGAAUACAUUAUUAUGGCCGAAUACCGUAUGUUACAAACUGAGAAUUUGCAAGGCAUUUAUGUCAUUCCUUCAUAUGAAAAUUCUUUCUUAUGGUUUGGAGUAAUAUUUGUAAGAGCAGGUUAUUAUGAAGGUGGCAUUUUUCGAUUUACAAUCACUAUACCUGACAAGUUUCCUGAUGAGGAAGUGCCAGUACUAACUUUUAACCCGAGUUUAUAUCAUCCAGCUGUUGAUGCUAAUUCAGGAGUCCUCAAUUUAAGCGGUGUCUUCCCACAAUGGGACAGGAAAAGGAACCACAUUUGGCAAAUCCUAAAAUAUUUGCACUGUAUAUUUCAUAAUUUGAAUAUGAAAGUUCCAUCAAAUAUUGAAGCUUCAGUAGCAUACAAAACAAAUCGUAAAAUAUUUUUGGAAAAAGUAAAAGAAUGUAUAGUUUCCAGUAUAGAUCACUUAUAUGAUGAUCCACCAACAGAAGACAAACAUUACAUAACCUUUAAACCCUAUGAUCCUGAAAUUCAUGACAGUGCUAAAAAUAUAAUGUUGAAACCACAAAAUUUCAGUGAAGGGCAAAGUCAUGGAAUUUCUUGGGUUCAACCAGGAUCAUAUCAAGCAUUUUCUAAAGAAGAAAGCACAUAA